CCCAGGCCAUGCAGGCAGUGGAUCAAGGAGAUGCCACAUGGAUAAGUGCUAUCACUACGAACAUUGACAGUCUACCACCUGAAGACAAGAGUGCAAGUAUAGGACCAUUGAGCAAGAAGGAGAUCGGUGAAGCGCAACGUCGGGACUCGGCCAUUAGAAAGGUGAUAGAGCUGAAAGAAGGGGGGAGGAAUCCCACUACCCGAGAGAGGCAAGACAACUCAAUUGGUACAAGAGAAUACAUGCGGGAGUGGAAAAAGCUGCAGAUCGAUGAUGAGGGCAUUCUCCGCCGGAGAGCUGGUCCAGUACUGCAAGUAGUGCUCCCGAAGGAAUAUAGAAACAUUGUGUACCAAGAACUACAUGACAAAAUGGGCCAUCUGGGAGCAGACAGGGUUGUCAGCCUGGCAAGACAACGGUUCUACUGGCCAAAGAUGCAGAGAGACAUAGUUGAAUACUGUACCUCCAAGUGUCAGUGCAUUAAGCGCCGGAAGCCAAACAUUCCAGACAAAGCCCCACUUACUAACAUCAUCACCACUGAGCCGCUACAACUGGUGUCCAUUGACUAUGUCCACCUUGAAAGGAGCAAAGGUGGCUACGAGUACAUUUUGGUGGUUGUGGACCAUUUCACACGGUUCGCUCAAGCAUAUGCAACCAGGAACAAGUCAGGGAGAACAGCGGCAGAGAAGCUCUUUAAUGACUUCAUUCCUAGAUUUGGGUACCCUCUCAAGAUUCACCAUGACCAGGGAGCAGAGUUUGAAAAUAGGUUGUUUCAACGCCUACAUCAGCUGAGUGGAGUGUCGCCCUCGAGAACAACUCCGUAUCACCCCCAGGGAAAUGGUCAGGUGGAGAGGUUUAAUCGGACUUUGCUAGCGAUGUUACGUGCUCUCCCAGAAUCCCAGAAAACAGAUUGGAAGGCGUCUCUUAACAAAGUGGUUCAUGCGUACAACUGCACCCGACAUGAGAGCACUGGGUAUUCGCCUCACUUUCUGUUGUAUGGACAUCACCCCCGCCUGCCAGUGGACCUUAUGUUCGGGAUUGAAGACAAGGAGAAUGAGGUUCAAUCAUAUCCUGAGUAUGCCAAGAAAUGGAAACGUGGCAUGCAGGAGGCCUACAGGAUUGCGAGUCAGCAUGCCAGGAAAACAGGUGCAAAAGGGAAGAAGCAGUACGACAGAAGGGUGCACGGUCUCAGUCUGUCCAGUGGUGACCGGGUCCUUGUUCGAACUAUGACGGACAGAGGAGGACCGGGCAAGUUGCGUUCCCACUGGGAGGACAAAGUCCACAUCAUUGUGAAGCAGAAGGGGAAAGAUAUUCCAGUGUAUGAGGUACGCCCAGAAUGCAGAGAAGGAAGGUCAAGAGUGUUGCAUAGAAAUAUGCUACUACCGUGUGACGGACUGCCUCUAGAGGUUCCAGUGGACAAACGAAGCAAAGAGAAAACACCUCAAAGAGAGGACAAGAGGAGUGAUAAUGAGGAAGAAGAACUUGCAGACAACAGAGUCGAAAUUGGAGCUGAACAAGAAGACCAGAGAGGAAGUACAGGUAGUGAAAGGGAUGAAGAAACUGAUGUUGAAGUUGAGUCUGAGGACCAGCCCUGUGUGUCUCAGGGUGCUGAGGAUGUUCCAGACCCAGCAGAAGUAGAAGAGAACAGACCAAGACGAAAUAGGAGACCACCACAGACUCUCACGUAUGAUGUAGGUGGCCAACCGGGCUACUUGAGAGUACCAACGGUGAACACAGUAAAUGCAGCAGAGUGGACUGUGGGGACACCAUGGCCACUGAACAUGUGGAACGCGGGAGCAGGGCAUCCUGGGCAAUUAUAUCAGUCGUGCCUUCACUGUGGACAGUUAAUACCGAUAAUUCGCAUGUACGCGCCCAGCUAAGGGGAUGGAGUACCUGUUAUUCGUGUGGACUGUGAACUGCUAUGGAUUAUUAUUCCAGUGGAUUACUAUUCUUGUGGAUUACCCGCUGUACCAGUGCCGCUGUGCCUGUGGAUUACCCGCUGAAUGAGAAGAGUCUCAUGGGACAAUUAUAUUGUGGACAGUAAAUGCAAGGUUAUUGUGGAAAAUCAUUCCAUAUUUGAGAGACAUGUAUGUUGGUUAUUUAUAGAUAACAAAGAGACUGAUGGAUUCCAGUUGUGUGGACUCUGCAGGACUUCCAGCUCAGAAUUUAGACCAGGCCUAAUGUUGUGUUAACUGUUCUAAAACAGUCAGUACGUUGGAGCUUCUGUUAGUAGCAGUGAAGCCAGUUUAUUGAAGAUGCUAUCUGUGCCAAAGUUAAAGGUGUUAUCAGUGCCAAGGUUAAAGAUGUUAUCGGUGCCAAAGCUAAAGAAAAAAAAAAAAAAAAGAGGCUAACGCAAAGGA